GGCCAUGUGAUAAGCUAAUCUUUUCAAGGAAGUUAUAGUGGUAGGUAGGCGUAUUACGUUACGUAUCCCUCGUUGCUGUUUUAAUUUAAAUUAUAAAAGAAAAAUAUUAACAACAACAAAAACGUUCAUCAAUUAUUUUUAUUCAUCAUUUUAAUGGCUCGACCGGCAAAAAAAAGCCAAAUUUGAGCAAACUACACGUUCAAAUAAUCAUAGAAAUGAAGAUGAUCAAGCUCUUCUCUCCGGACAAUUUAUGACCUCAAGACUUGAUGAUGAUGAACCAAAUGAUGUACCGUGUCCGUCACCAAUACCAAAUCCCAAUGAUCCAUUAACUUCUCAAGGCUUACCUAUUGUUAGUGAUACAACACAAGGUGAAACAGAACGUCGUCCUGAAUUCAAGGGUGGAUUUGCUAGUCUUGUUUCUCUUUUACGUGUUAUUAAUACUGUCUAUAGAACAAAUUUAACUUCACCAAAAUGGAAAAAUUUUCGUGGGUCACGUAUUGAAUGUCAAGAUAAAAUACGCUUAAAUAAUGUUAUAUGGAGAACAUGGCAUCAACAAUAUAUUCGAAGAAUAAAAUCACUUGUUUGUCAAUUUGUAUCUCCACUUGAUGUUCAAGCAUUACCAACUCAAGUCAAUCAACAAUCAAAACAACAUAUGAUAAAUAGUUUAAAAGGAGAAUAUAUUAAAUGGAGACAAAAUUCUAAAACAACAUUUCGUCGAUUAGACAUUGAUAUAUCUAGCGAUGAAGUUAAACUUCUUUUGAGUAAUGUUAGUGAAACUUAUACACCUAAAAUCAAUGUAAAUUUUCGUCGCAUUGCAACACCACCACCUGAAACAUUUAGUUUAUUUGAUGAUUUUGAUUUAAUUGAAAAUCAAUUACUUUUUUCAACUACAAAUGCAUUUAAUGAUAAAGACGCAGCACUUGGUGGAAAUCCAGAUUUGCAUCAACCUGUUAUGGGACAAUAUCAUUUUGAUUUUAAUACAUUAUUUGAUGGAUUUGAUUCAUCAUUAACAAAUGAAGAUUUUAAUCUACGAUGCAAUAAUGAUUCUCUCUCAGUAUUAAAUACUUAUCAACCUCAAUCUGAUUUUACAUUAGAUAUACCGUCACAAUCUCAACAAGAUUUAAGUAAUUUUCAAACAUUAGUUUCUGUUGCUACUGAACGACCACGCUUAACUAUUCAACAACAAAAAAAUAUUUUAAAUCAUAAUAAUAAUAAUAAUAAUUCUAAUAAUAAUGUUCAAUUAAAUGUUAAUAAUAUGAAUACAAUGAGUAUGUAUAAUAAUGUACAUUAUCAACCAUUAACAUCACAACGAUCAUUCACUACUUAUAUAGCGAAUAAUAAUAACAAUACAUCAAAUUCUAAUAAUAUUGAACAAAUGACGUCGAUUACAAAUAUAUCGAAAGCACCAUCAUCAAAUGUAAUAUUAACUACUACUUCACAACCAACUUUACUUUAUGCAUCGAGUGGUGUACGCCAACAACAACAACAACAACAAAAAGCUGAUUUAUCCAUAAAUAAACCACCAUCAUCAACUCUUGUUGAUCUUCUUAAACAAAGACGUACUCCACCUCCACCCAUAAUAAAUACUUCAUCAUCCAUGUCAACUCGUCAACGAAAACAAAAUUCUAUAGUAAAACAACCUAAAAAACCUCGAAAAUCUCAAAUACAAAUGAAACAAUUAUCUGUAAAUAGUACUAAUAGUAAUAUUCAAAAUCUAAUAGAAUCAAAUGGAUCAUUAUUAAAUUCUCCUUUACCUAGAAAUAAUAAAAUACAACGUACAGGAUCUCGAUUAACUUCCGAAGAAAUACCUUUACCACUUCCACCAAAACAAUUUAUUCUAUCUUCACCUUCAAUGUCAAUUAAACAAAGUGGAUCAACAUGUAGUGAUAUAACAUUCUUAAACGGAAAUGGGCCACUUGAUUCUUCUCCAUCAUCAACUUCAAGUUCUGGACAAAAUGCUGAAAGUAAACGUCGUCGAAAUAUAAAAAAUGGUUUCGAAAAUCUUCGUUUUCUUAUUCCUGAAUUAAGUGAUCCAUCGAAUGCAAAAAUAAGUAAAGCUCAAAUGCUUGAAUGUACUGCAUUACAUAUUCAACAAACUAGUGAAAUACGUGAUAAAAUGAAAGAAGAAGUUGAUUUAUUACAACAAGAAAAAGAACAAUUACAACAAAAAGUUUCACAAUAUCAAGCAAGUUUACCUGUUGAUGGUAUGCCAUUUGUACCAGCAAGACGUUCACGUGAAGCUUCAUAUGCAUUAUUUCAUUCAUAUGUUGCUGAUCGAACAAGAAAAAAUUGGCGUUUUUAUCCUUAUUCACUUGUAUUAAAACGUAUAUUUGAUUCAUUUCAAAAUACAGUUACAUGUGAUUCAACCGAUGAAUUUAUACGUUCAUUAAAUGAUUGGAAAACUAGUUCACUUAGUCUUGUACAAUUACGACAAGCUGCUUCACAAGCUGUUAUGGAUAUGGGACGAGAAACAUCAUUAAUUACAUCACCUGAACGGCUACCUGACGAAUGUAUUCAAUUAGCUUCAAAAGAACUUCAGUAA